UUUUCUUUUACUGUCUUCCUCUGGUGCUAGGCCUAUGCUGUCUGGAGAUAUCCAUUAUGCACUUUGAAACGUGUGCGAGGAGGGAGUCCAAGACUGAGUCACUCAGUCCGGGAUCCCCCGGGGGACCCUCGUGGGAAGGAAGGCUUCCCGUCUGCUUUCUCCAUACCGAGUAUCGAAUCUCACCUCGCGAGCCAUAGGGGGUGCGGGGGCACGCGGAAAACUCGGUCAAAGGGUUCAGCCACGUAUCUCUCUCUCUCUCUCUCCAUGCCUCGAAUACAACAAGAUACCGUAUAUGCGUCCUAUCUUCCACGCAUUUGAUUAGAUUUAGAGGACGCGUGUUUGUGUGCACGCGCAGCUCUGAAUUCUGUACACUAAUGGUGGUGGCGGGACGGGAGAUGCGGGGGAGGGGCUGAGCGCGCGCGCGUGUGUGUGUGUGCUCUGCGCGUGAACCCUGCGUUCAGGUCUGUAAUUUGCUCCAGAUGACCACUUGGGGCCGGGAUAUGGAUCAUUCUGGGGAGGUGAGCGUUUCCUCACACGGCAUGACAGCGCAGCGCACAAAUAAAUGUAUUCUAUGAACCGCAGUUUUUAGCCAUGGAUCCAGACACCUUUUCACACUAAACUAAGUGUAGGACAACUUUCCUCCACAAUGACGGAGCAACAAGUGAAAAAUGGACAUAUGUAUCGGACACCAAAGUGAGAGUGGAGAGUCGGGGUAACUGCACUUGAACACAAAGGGGGAAUGCCGCAUCAGAAGCUUGAGCCAACUGCCGUUUUGGAAUGGAUACCGGUAAUUUCUUUGGUGUCAUCUGCUUUCUCCUUUUCUCUUGUGACGGGUUCCUCUCGCCUUCACCCGCCAGCGGCUUCUGUCCUGAGCGCUGCGACUGCCAGCAAGCGCAGCACAUCCUCUGUACAAACCGGGGGCUGCGCGCGGUGCCCAAGGUGCACUCCUCGCGGGUCCCAGAGGACGUGCUUGUCUUCAGCCUCGGCGGAAACUUCAUCGGUAACAUCUCCGCCUUCGACUUCACACGGUAUGGACAUCUUAUAAGGUUGAACUUACAGUAUAAUCAAAUACAGACCAUUCACCCAAAAGCGUUUGAAAAGCUCUCCAAAUUGGAGGAGCUGUAUUUGGGCAACAAUCUGAUAUCAACAAUACCCCCAGAAACUUUACAGUCACUGGCAAAACUGACAACUUUGUAUGGCAAUAACAAUGACAUUAAGAAGAUUACUCCAGAGCUGUUUGGUAAUUUGGAGAGCAUUGUGAAGCUGAGGUUGGAUGGGAACGCCAUAGAACUGUUACACAAUUCAGUCUUCAAGAGCUUGACUAAUCUACAUUAUCUCCAUCUAGAAUCGAACCAGCUGAGUCACAUUCACAGAAACGCCUUUUCCAAGCUCACCAAACUGCGCUUUCUCAACCUGGCGCAGAACAAACUGACAUCCGUGCGUAAUGUGUUUACGUUCUCCCAGCUCAGGUCACUGAAUACGUUGCUGCUCUCUGAAAAUGAAAUACAACACGUCGGAAACCACGUCUUUCAGAAUCUGAAAAAGCUUUCUAAACUAUCCCUCAGCAAUAACAACAUCUACCAUUUGGAAAGCGAGUCGUUGAAAGGACUGUCGAGCUUGACAGAAUUUCUGAUUGACGGGAACGAACUGGAGAAUCUUCCCGCAGGACUUCUCGACCCACUGGAGAGAGUUGAGGAGCUGGACUUUAGUUGCAACCAAAUUUCCACAGUGGACCCCUCUGCUUUUGAACAACUGAAGCAUCUGAGUGUUUUAAAACUCAAAGACAACAGGCUCACGAGCCUCUCCGGUAACAUAUUCGCCCUCAACAGCGCCCUUUACGAUUUGGAUCUCCAUGGCAACAACUGGACGUGUGACUGCCGCCUGGGCGAGCUGAAGCAGUGGAUGAAGUCGGCGCACUCUCAGGGGAAGCUGCUGACCGUUUUCCUGCAGUGUCAUCACCCAGCGACACUGAGGGGGAAGUAUCUAGAUUAUAUCAACAGCUCCCAGCUGCAGCCCCCAGGGAAUUGGAGCCACUUGUGUGAGACCCAGACUAGGCCUGAGGAGAGCAGAGGAGGGGGUGUCCUGGAGAAAGAGCUGGAGGACAGGGAGAGAGGGCAGGGAGAGGUGAGGAAGGAGAUAGAAGGGGAGAGGAGAGGAAUAGAGGCAGAGGAAAGGAAGGAUGGAGAAGAGCAUAGGGAAAUUGGGAGUAGAGAGGGAGUGGGGAUGAAGGAAAUAGAGAAGGUGAGCAGGGGUAGAGAGGGAGAGGAUAGGAAGGAGGGAGAGGAGGAGGUGGGUAUCCAAGGAGACCAGGGAGGGCAAGAUGAGCGGGACAAAUCCCUGUCAUCAAACAGGAAGAGGGGGAAGAAAAUAUCCGCCAGCCCAAGGUCGCAACCUUCUGCUGAGGCUUCUGGGAAGCGUGAGAAAGGGAGGUGGGAUUCCGUUCCGGGCCGCAGCGUUCCUCAAACACAAGCCCCUCUCCUGAACAACCCCACUCCUCCAACCACAACCUGGCCUCAGACAAUUGACCACCAAAAUAGCCAUGGUAACCAUCUCAGUGGGCCAAUCACAGAGCUCCUCACCUCCUCUCCUUCCACCCCUCGAAAAGAGGAGCGGUUUGACCUGUUCAGAGGCAGUCACGAGGACGUUAUACCUGCAGUGACCGACCCCUGUGUGUUCAACCGCCACUUCAUCACCAACGUGACAGUCGACCAGGUCGCCUCCAGCACGGCCACGGUCCACUGGACCACACGCGACCACAGCCGCUUUACACCGGGAGCCGGACCGGGACUAGAAGAGGUCCACUACCGAGUGCUGUUUGACCGCUUUGGGUCAUCUGACCGUUUUCCUUGGUACGUGUAUGCCCGUGGCGCGGCGCGGUCGGUGAUGUUACGAGAACUAAGCCCAGACACCACCUACAUGGCUUGUGUUGAGGGUGUGGUGGGAGGGUCUGUGUGUCAGGUGGCGCCCAGGGACCACUGCGCCGGAUUGGUCACUCUCCCAGAAGAGGCUCAUCACCAAGAGACACUGACCUCUGACCUCCAACUGGUCACCGUGGGAACACUGGCCGGCAACGCCGUCCUUCUUCUGGUGAUUGGAGGAGCCUGGCUGGGGCGAAGUUUGAGGCGGAAGCUGAAAAGGAGGAAGUCAGCAGUGCAUGUGCGUCACAUGUACUCCACGCGGCGACCAUUCCGCAGCUCCAUGGCAACAACGGCGGCGGUGUCAACAGACUUCACAAGCUUCCAGAGCAGCCGGCCACCACGGCUUGGAACCCUGGAGGAAGGGGGCGACCUUAUAGAGUUCCCCUGCGACCGUUUCCUUGACAUCAGCCCCACCCGUAGAGACAACAGUGACAUGCAGAGGUUCUCAGAUUAAUAAACACCAUAGAACUGGAACUUGAAAACAUGUUUGCGCUGUGACCCACUUAAGCGCUAGAAUAUAUAUUUUUAAUUGUGAGCAUUAGAUAAUCCAUAUUUAGAACCUGAGAACACCAAGAUGCCAUCACCAGGAAGGAACAUCCUCAGGAGAAUGUGUAAGAUGCUGCAGAGACAGAGACAGAAGUGGACUGGUAUUUAACCGGCACUCUGGAGCACUUCAUGACCAUAGCAGGACCACAGCCAGGGUUGAGUUAUGACCAUAGAACCACAAGGUUAUAUUCAUGACCACAUAACCACAGUAAGGUUGUGUUCAGGCAAUAUGACCACAGUUUUAGUUCUGUUCAUGGGUAAUGACCAUAUGACCACAGUUAUAGUUUUGUUCAUGGGUUAUGACCAUAUGACCACAGUUUUAGUUCUGUUCAUGGGUAAUGACCAUAUGACCACAGUUAUAGUUUUGUUCAUGGGUUAUGACCACAGUUAUAGUUCUGUUCAUGGGUUAUGACCACAGUUAUAGUUCUGUUCAUGGGUAAUGACCAUAUGACCACAGUUUUAGUUCUGUUCAUGGGUAAUGACCAUAUGACCACAGUUAUAGUUCUGUUCAUGGGUAAUGACCAUAUGACCACAGUUUUAGUUCUGUUCAUGGGUAAUGACCAUAUGACCACAGUUAUAGUUCUGUUCAUGGGUUAUGACCAUAUGACCACAGUUUUAGUUCUGUUCAUGGGUAAUGACCAUAUGACCACAGUUAUAGUUUUGGUUAUGGGUUAUGACCACAGUUAUAGUUCUGUUCAUGGGUUAUGACCACAGUUAUAGUUUUGUUCAUGGGUAAUGACCAUAUGACCACAGUUAUAGUUCUGUUCAUGGGUUAUGACCAUAUGACCACAGUUAUAGUUUUGUUCAUGGGUUAUGACCAUAUGACCACAGUUAUAGUUCUGUUCAUGGGUUAUGACCACAGUUAUAGUUUUGUUCAUGGGUAAUGACCAUAUGACCACAGUUAUAGUUCUGUUCAUGGGUUAUGACCACAGUUAUAGCUCUGUUCAGGGGUUAUGACCACAGUUAUAGUUCUGUUCAUGGGUUAUGACCAUAUGACCACAGUUAUAGUUCUGUUCAUGGGUUAUGACCACAGUUAUAGUUCUGUUCAUGGGUUAUGACCAUAUGACCACAGUUCUGUUCAGGGGUUAUGACCACAGUUAUAGUUCUGUUCAUGGGUUAUGACAAUAUGACCACAGUUAUAGUUCUGUUCAUGGGUUAUGACCAUAUGACCACAGUUCUGUUCAGGGGUUAUGACCACAGUUAUAGUUUUGUUCAUGGGUUAUGACCAUAGGACCACAGUUAUAGUUCUGUUCAUGGGUUAUGGCCAUGUGACCACAGUUAUAGAUGUGUUAUGACCUAAAGUUGUCUUUUUAUGGGUGAUCAAAUAGCUGAGCUCAUCAGGGCUGAUUCAGACACUACAGGAUGUCAAUCCCACAGACUUCCUCUAAGCCUCAUGCAUUUCCUGUUCCAUUGCCGUGUGUGUGUGUGUGUGUGUGUGUGUGUGUGUGUGUGUGUGUGUGUGUGUGUGUGUGUGUGUGUGUGUGUGUGUGUGUGUGAGAGAGAGAAUUACCUGAUUUCAUCUGGUGCUAAUAUUAGACGAAUAGUCAUUAAAUUGUGUAUAAAAUGUCAUUUGUAACAUGCUUGAAAAUGCAAGAAAAGAUGGCUGCUGGUUGGCAGAAAUAAUUAUUUGGUUUUAUGUUUUUAUACUUUUAUACUCAACUAUGUAUUGUGCUGGUGCUAAGUAACAAGUAAGUAACCAUGCAUUUCCUGUUGGACGUAAUGGUCCAUUUGUCUGUAUGAAAAGAAAGACCGAUGCCUUUGCAAAUAAUGGUGUAAGUCCUUUGUUCAUAUGGCCCCAAUACAAAUAAAGAAACCGAUAUUAUAGUUUUGCUAUUUUUACAGAAGGGCAGUAAGUUUAACGUUUGUAGUAAUACUGCAUAUUCAUUCAUUAGAAAACAUGUUGCGUGUGUAAUGUAUGCCUGCGUUUGUGCAAGUGUGUGUGGGUGUGUUUCAUCAUGUACUUAAAGUGUGUGUGCGUGUGUUUCAAGACAGAAAGUCUGGCAAUAGUUAGGUGUUUUUUUGGGUAGACCGGGUGGAGUACCUCCAACACUCAGGCCUGAUCAGCUCUACACUCCAAGCCUGUCAACAGUGUGUUACCAUAACAACAGCAGACACAGACAGACAUAUAGACCAGGAAACACGGUCUGAGAUAUGAAACAGAAACAGCAUAAUCCACUUCAAUAUCCUAGUUGUUUAAGACUGAUAUGUUACUUAAGUUUUUGUUAAACUAUAGUGGAUUGGGCCUGUCCCCUACUGAUAGUAAAUAAAAGUCAUCACUAUUGACUUUGACUAGUUCUUGGCCCUCUCACAUCCAUUUUCUUUCACUCAACCUGCUAAAGCUAAAUUACAGACGGGUAAAUAAAUCUGUGAUCGCUGACCUUUGACUCAUUCAAUCAGGGUGCCUCAAACUGUCUUCAGUUCCAGAAGAUAUCGCUAGGGGGCAGACUAUAACCAUUCGUCUGACAGGCCUAUUAGAUCAAAUGACAUUUUCUCCUGAUGGAGGCAACCGAACUUGAGUAAAAAUCACAAUAAGAUACCAGAGAAUAAGUGCUUUUAUUUUCGUAUUAGGUUUAUAGCGAUUGUCAAUAUCUGU